AUGGCUUCCACUUCGGACCUCCCGGUGCCUACUGGCUCAACUGUCGACGUCUCAGUUAUCCUCGCUGGCUUGGUGACGUAUCCAGCAAGCAUGGUCAUCAAAGAGCCUCUCCCUGGACACGAAAUCCUGCCGGGGACCCCUUGCUACAGCUUCCUGAUCGAGAACAGGGCAAUGAACAAGAAAAUUCUGUUCGAUCUCGGGCUUGUUAAGGCAUGGAGAACGAAGCUUCCUCCUGUGGUCCUUAACCAAAUAGCAUCCGUCAACGGAGAGCUCACCAUCGAGAAGGACGUGGCCGAUCAUCUCCGUGAGGCCAAUGUCCCUCUUGAAUCGAUUGACGGUAUUAUAUGGUCCCAUCACCACAUGGACCAUGUCGGAGAUGCGUCGCUUUUCCCUUCGUCCACGUCGCUGAUAGUCGGACCGGGGUUCAAGAGUAACAAAAUGACCUUCCCUGGUUAUCCGAAGAACCCGGAUGCCAUCGUCUCGGAUGAUGCAUAUCAGGGGCGUGAUAUCAUUGAGCUUGACUUUUCCAAUGUUCCCCUGGAGAUUGGUGGCUUUCCGGCGCUCGAUUAUUUCGGCGACGGAAGCUUCUUCCUUCUCUACACAAAGGGCCAUACGCAUGACCACCUUAGUGCCCUUGCUCGAACCUCCGAGGACAAGUUUGUCUUUCUCGGAGGUGAUAUUGCCCAUCACGCUGCAGAGUUUCGUCCAUCGCCGCAGCAGCCACUUCCGGACGAGAUCCACCCGUCGCCGCUAGACAACAAUCCAUUUGACCCCCAGCUUCCGGCGCUAUCUGUAUGUCCUGGUAGCGUCAUCGAGAAGCUCUAUCCGAGAAAGGAAACGCAUCCAGAUUAUAGGGUUACUCCCUUUUACGAACCGAAUCCAUUGAUGAGUGCAUCCCAGCCAGACGCCCUGGCUGCGAUUGAGAAGUUGCAGACUUUUGAUGCAUCUGCGAAAGUCUUUGUGAUCAUCGCGCAUGAUGUAGACCUGAAGGAUUUGCUUCCUUACUUCCCGAGAAAGAUCAACGACUGGGAUACGGCACGGUAUGAACAGGCCGUAAGAUGGAGGUUCUUGAAGGAUUUUCUCCAGACUGUGGCAUGA